CAACAACAAUGUCUAACAUUUUCUCAUUCUUCGGUCAAGAGAUCAAAACUGGUGCUCCUCAAGCUUUCGAAAUUCCAUUCGGUGAAGUUAUUCUCCACUUGUCCACCGUCUCUCUUGCUAAGGAUACUCCAAAGGGAGCAAUUACCAGAGUUUUUGUUCACUCAGUUGAUGAAGAUGACAAGGAAACGAAGGAAUCUGUCUCCAUUGACUUGAACUUCAGCGAAGAUGUUGCCCUCUCUAUUGAAACAUCCGCUAAUGAUGAUACUACUGUCCACGUUACUGGUUAUAUUAACUUGAUUAACGAAGAUGGUGAAGAAGAUGAAAGUGAUGAAGAAGAAAAGACCAAGCUCUUGAGAAAGAUGUUGGAAGAAGAAGAUGACGAAGAAGAUGAAGAUUUCAAACCAGAUUUGAACGAAUCAUCUGAAUCUGCAAAGCUCGAAGAAUUGAGUGACGAAGAUGAUAUUGAACCAAUUGUCGGUGAAGAAGAUGACGAAGAUGUCGAUCUUGAUGAAGAACAAACUGAGGAAGUUGUUAAGAGAGUUCAAGAUUUAGAAACUAGAUUGGGAAGAGAAGCUAACGAUGAAGAAAUCAAGGGUAUUGUUGAAAGAGUUCAAUCUGGCAUUCCUGAACCAAAGAAGGAACAAAAGCAACCACAAAAACAACAACAAAAACAACAACCAAAGCAACAACAAAAGCAACAACCAAAGGAAGAUAAGAAGAGAAAGCAAGAAGAAGCUCUAGGAAAUAACAAGAAGAAUAAGAACAAGAAGAAUAAGAAGAAAUAAAUUAAUUUUUUAAUCGU